UCUCUCUCUCAGAGAAUAUGGGAAAUUCGAUUUGUGUGUUUUAUUCUAUUCUCUGAGUGAAGAGAGAAAAGAAUUGAAGUUAUUGAAGAAUUUUUUUUUCUUCUUUUUUUGCCAACAUAACAUAAACAUGGAAGGUUAGUUUUGUUAUGUUGAAAGAAGGAGAGAGAAAGAGAGAGAGAGAGAGGAGGAGAUGAUGUUUGGUAGAAGUCAAAACUAUUCUACCCCCUCCUCAGUUUCAUUCUCUUUCUCCCUGGUUUUCAUUUUCUCCCUCUUUUUUCUGUCUGUCUUCAUAUUCUUUUUUCAAUAUUCUCUUCUGUCUUCUCUCUCUUUCUCUCUAACCCAGUUUGACGUUUACAAUUCUCUUCGUUAAUGUCUCUCUCUCUUUUUUCUUCGUUCUUCUUAAAAAACUGCUUCUUCUCUCUCUCCGUUCAUGAUGAUGUUCUCCUUCUCUCUUUUUCGCAAUACAUUUUGUUGUAGUUUUUCUUCUCCAUCAUCAUGUUGAUUAACUGAUAUUCUUUUUCAACCCUUUAACUGUUCUGUUGUUUUUUGGUGGUUGUGUUUGUUGGCAAUUCGGACAUAAAACUGACAUUUUAAUGGAAAUUUUAUCCUUUCUUCAUAUCGGUGUGUUCUCUCUGUGAUAAUCCAUUUUCUUGGUUUCUAAUUUGUUCUCUACUGGAUUAAUUAAUUCUUCCUAGAGUGUUUUUAGUGUCUUUGUUGGAACAAAAGUGAUUUCUCUCUCUCUCUCUCAUUUCCUAUUCUAUUCGACCAUCACCUUGAUGAUCUCCAUGUUAAUUGUGAUAAUAAUGUAGUCCAACCUUCUUUGCUACAGUAUCGUUCUAAUUUAUCUGUCUCCUUUUUUCCCUCUUUCUCUCCAUUACGGCCUUUCCUUUCUCUUUCUCCAUUUUGUCUACCUUUCUCCUUAUUCUUAUUUCUCUUUCUAUCCUUUAAUUUACUCUUUCUUUUCCCAAUAUCUCUCUCUCUCUCUCUAUCCUUUCGUCUGUCUACAUCUUCUGCUUAUUUCUUUUCUAUCUUCAUUUCUGUUCUUUUCAAUUUCCCCUUUUCUUCACCUAUUGUAAAAUCAGAAGAAAAAGAAAUAAUUUUCUUACAUAUUAAUAAUCUCGGUGAUAUUAAAUUAGUUACACAAUCUCAAUGAUCAUUUUCAACUCUCAUAAUUGUGUUUUCUUCAACUUGUGAGGUGAUUUGUGUGGUGAUUCUCUAUCUCUUUCCUUGUCUCUCUUGUCUUUCUCUUUUAUCGCGACUACUUUCAUCAAGAGAAAAGAAUAAGAGAAAAAAAACUAAUAUCCAUCCCAUAGAAACAAAAACCAUCCACAUCGGCACUUUUUCCUCUACACCAAACAAUCGCUAAAAGUAAACAAUCUGAUGAAGUAAAAAUCCACACACACAUUGGUCCCUGGUCAUAUUCUGCUCCUUGAAAAUCCCCAAAUUCACCAACUAAUAUUGAAGAGAAAAAUCAAAAUCAAAACAAAAGCCAAAGUGUUGAUGGGAAGACGAAAAGAAGAUCCCUUAAUCUGGCAUCAUCAUCAUCAUCUUCAUCACUCAAUUACCAACAAGGGUGAACUCUGGCAAGUCAAACAUCAUCAAGUGGCCAAGAUCCCAUUCAAGUCAAUUAGACGAUGGAACAAUUUUAAUAUAAAACCGUAGCUGUGAUUAAUUCUAAGUGAUAUUCUCAAUUAAUGUGACUAGAGAAGAAGAAGCAAAAAAUUAUUCUAAUUAACUAAAAAUACAGGCAAGAAAGUGAUACCAUUGAUCUCCUUUUCAUCCAUUAAAGAAAUUGUCUUUCACCGAAUAAUAUUAAUAUUCGUUUCUCCAUAAUUUUUGGGAUAUAAUCCAGAGAAACUUGUUCAGCCAUUUUGGAUUCUCUCUGCUACAAAUCUUUCAAAAAGAUUUUACCUGUUGAAUCCUUUUUAUUGUGAUCUACCCUUUUUUGUCCUAUUGAUACAAUUUGAUCUAUUUACUCUUACAAAGAGAGAUCAUUGUUGUUUAUAAAUAUUAAUUGUUUUGGAAUAAUUUGGGAAAACGAAAGCUUAGCUUUGGAAGACUAAUUCAUUUUGGUGUUUUGGUAAAAUUCUAAUGUCGAAAGGAUCCACCGGUGGAAAAAUUGUCAUUGAGGAAGAAAUAGAAGAUGAUAAAGGCCAAGUAACGAAACAAUUAAACAAAUCGAUCAAAGCGAUUAACAUAGAGAGUCGAAUAAUCGUUGAAGAAGAUUUCUAUGAGGUAGAUGAAGAUGAAGAUGAUACAAGUAACAUGUCAAUGGCUGUUGAUGAUGAUGAUGUUAACACUAAACAACAACCUGGUCAUUUGAAUGAUACAAAUAACGAUGAGAAAAUUAAAGGAGCAGCAAGUAAACCUGAUGAAAGUGGCUCAGAAGCCUUGGAUUUAUCUUUCAUUCCCUGUUCAAUUCCGUUAAAGAAACGGAAAAUCUCAAGUCUACCAAACAAUAAUCAAAAUGAAGAAAGAAUCAAAUCAGAUUAUCAAAGUCAACAUCACCACCAGCAUAAUAAUGAACACCGUCAACAUCAACAAUUUAAUCAGAAAAUUGUUACUAAAGAUUUAGUAGCAACCAUACCAGCAACAAGUGCUUUCAACCAAUUAACUAACAAUCGUUUAAAUAGUUUUAGCCUUCAGUCCAAACAUAACCACUUUCCUUUUACUUUAAGGGCAACACCAAGUGCAACUAGUUCAUCAUCUUCAUCAAUAAAUAAUUGUAAACCAUUGUCCUUAGUAAAAAAUCAGCAAGAACCGUUUACACAACCACACCAACAUCACCCAUACACACACCACCAGCAUCAACUACAACUACAACAAUUACAACAUUUAAAUCAACAACAUUACCACCACCAACAACAACACCAAAAAUAUUUACAAUAUCAACAACAACAACAACAACAACAACAACAACAGCAACUUAAACUACAAGAUUUUUCUCUCGGUAAUAAAUCAACUACCGUAGGUUCAUCAACAAGUGGACAAACAAAAGGUAUGAGCUGCAGACGACCAGGUUUCAUUACCUGUUCAAUAUGUAACGCAACGAAAUACUAUUCACACGUUCAAAGGCGUUUUGGCCAAUACUCUUGUGAGCCCUGUUCUAAGUUUAUGAAGCGUUUCCUUCGAGAUCCAAAAAUAUUUACUUGCUCACAAAAAGGUCAUUGUACAAUAGGGAAACCGUCAGGUGAACAAGAACCCAGAGGAGUUUCAGUUAAUCGGUGUAAAGCUUGUUGGUUAAAGAUUUGCCUGGAAAAGUUCAUACUCGAUUCAGAGACAAGACUUGCAAUCGAUAAAUAUUAUGCUCCAAAGUUUUCCGAUUCUUCUGGAUCUUCUUUGGGCACUAACGAUAUCGGCGAUGGUUCUGAGAGAGGAGGAGGCGGAGGUGAUGGUGAAUCUGAGGGUGGAGUGAAUUCUGAAUGUAAUAACAAUCUUAGUACAAGUAGUGGAUCCAUUGGAGGUUGUGGUGGUGAGAAAGGGGUCGGAGGAGGUUUUGGAGGAGAAACAGGAGAGAGUAAAGAAGCUAUCAGAUUAUUACAUGGUGGGGAAUGUGGUGGUGGUGAAGGUGAAGGAAGAACCGGAAAAUCUUCCAACAAUCAAUCAGGUCUUUCUGAGCGAAUUGAAUCAAAUGGCUGUGAUACAACAAUAUCACCACCACCGUUACCCUUUCCUCAACGUAAAAGGAAACCCAAAAAUGAAACGUCAACAUUAUCAUCAUCAUCAUCAUCGUCAUCAUCAUUCACAUCAACUUUAUCUUCAUCAACCCAAGUAACAACCACAACAACGACACCAGGAAACUUGAUAAACAACAAUAAUGGAUCGACUCAUCCAGGGGAAAGCAUUCCACUUUCAACCAGUCUGAGCGGAAAUAAUAAUCGCAUCAAAGAUAAACAUCAUCCUCAAUAUCAAUCUCAUCAUAAUCAUCAUCAUCCUCUUCAUCAUUCACAUCAAAAUCAGCAAUAUCAUUCAUCUUCACUUUAUGGUGGUCAUCAUUCAUCAACUGUUCUUGGUGGUGGUGGUGGUCAUCUUUUAACGGAACCUUUAUGUUUAACCACCUCUGGACGUCGGUCUGAUCUCUCUUCUUCCGGUCUACUUGGUAAUUUUACUUCCAAUUCUCGAUCGUCUUUCUUACCUGGCAGUGGUCACUUAAGUCUAUCACAUGCCUCAUUAGGUCCACGUUAUCCUUGGAGUCAUCGGCGUAAAGAUGAUUACGAUUUAAUUGCACCAUCAACAGCAAUUUCUUCUUUAACUACAUCGAUAAAUUUUAGGCGAGAUUUAACUCGACCUUUUAAUCAUGAUAAUUUAAUUAUUCGCCGGGGAAGUGAUGAUGAUCUUAAUGAUCUCUAUUCAGGUGAUUACAGUUUAACCUCACCUGAAUUACUUUUGUCUGGACCUUAUGUAGGUGUUAGUCAUAUCAUUAAAGAUUCAAAUGGAGAUGGAGAUGAUAAUGUUACCGUAAUGGGAUCACCAGCAACACCACCACCACCUCCGGCAAGGUGUGGUAAAUGUACCUAUUGUUUACCGACGAUUGAUGAAAAGGCCAAUGUUGUCGUGGUCAAGGAAAAUGUUGGUCCAGUUAGAUGUCGACUUGCUGAAAUGAUGUCCAAGAUUAGUCAAACUAAUGAUAAAGGAGGAGGAGGAAACGAUGGUAAUCAUGAUGAUCAUGAAGGUGGAGUAACAACAACAACAAUAUCAACCACCACGACCGCAUCAAUAGCUAAAGGUCACAAUUCUGAGGAUAUUGUCCAUUCGUCGACUCCCAACUUGACCAAUAAUAAAUCUGCUGGUCGUCGUAACCGAAAAGAGAGACGGUCAAGAGGCGGUGGAGUGUUGAUGGACAAGGAGGAAAGUGAAGGUUCUAUCAACACCACUUCGAAUCCAAUUGAUGUUACAUUUCACCGUAAACGAUUAGUGUCCGGGGAAGAUGAUGAUAAUGUCCAAAGUGUUUCAAUUAAAUAUUUGAAUCACGAUGAAAAUCAUCAUGGUCAUCACAAUAAUCAUUAUAAUAACAAUCAUCAUCAAGGAAAUCGUUCAUCUUCAUCACCCUCCUCAUCAUCAACAACAACAGCGACAAUAAACAAUAUUAAAUUGAACAAAUCUGAUAUGUUCAAUGCUAAACCUUACAAAAAGAUUCUGAUCAAUGAGCAUUUUGUUAAUUCAUCACCAACAAUCAACAAUCAAUCAACUUCAAACUCUGUUAUUAACUCAAUUAAUCCAUUAUUAUCAAGAGAUCUGUCCGGGCCGAUAAUCAGUCCUGAUUCAAAUUUUUUAAGUGAAAUUUUAAACGCCAAUUCACCUUUCUUAUGAUUGAGAAAAUUUGAAACAAUUAGUUAAUUACAACGAAACUUUUGGAGUGAGAAAGUGAGAUAAAUUAACCCUCUGAAAAUCAGGAUAAAAGUUUAAUCAUCAACCAAUUAUCAUUAUCAUCAUAAUCAUAAUCAUCAAAGAGUAAACUAUAUAUUGUUAAUCAAAAAGGAAGAGAAAAUUUUAUUAAUAUAUAUAAUUAAUUAUAUACAAACAAUUUAAUUAAUUGAAAUGUGAAUCAAUGAUUAAGAAAAUUGUGUUAACUCCUUUUUAUUGUCAAUGAUUUGUACUAAUUGUAAUGGUAAUAACAUUAUGGAAACAAUUGAAAGUUAAUCAAUCAAAAAAAAAGAAAUAUAUUUGUAAAUGUUUGUCGAGUGUUAAUUGAUUAACAAUUAAGUUAAUCAAUGGAAAUCAUCAAAGUGAUCAACUAAUUUAAAUUACCUUAAAUUUUUAUCUCUUUUUCAAUUGUUGACUCUGAAAAAAAAACAAAUACAAUUAUGAUUUUGUUAUUAUUAUCACAAUCAAUACUUUAAUCAUUACCAAUAAUUAACUAAUUGUUAUAUAAGAAACUUGUAAUAACUAAUUAUUGAAUCUGAAAGACAUUAAUUGAGUUGAUUUAAUUGCCUUAAAUUGCCCAAAACUUUUAACUCUCAAUUGUAAUUAUUUUUGUUCAUCUCGUCUUUCAAGUCACCAUUGAUCGUAAUUAUAAUCGUUGGUUAAUCAAUUAAUUGUUUAACUUUUUUAAUUUCACUUUUGUCGUUCACCUUAAUCAUGAUUACGAUCAACAGCAGCAACAAUCAAAAAGGAUGAACAAUUUAAUUUGUUAAAUGAAAACAAUUAAAGGGAAACUUGGAGGAAGCAAAAUCAACAAACUAAAUCAACAAUUUUCCGUUAAACAAUUAACAGUUAAUCUGAUUUGUUAUGAUUAACUUAAUUUCUCAUCUGAUUGUUUCAAUUUUUCUGAUAUGUGUUAUGUCAACAUCACGUUAAUUAUUAAAAUAAUUAACUUAAUUA